GUCCUCCCCAGCCGUGGCCCUGGCAGCCAUCACACCGGUGCCCCCUCCCUUCUCUCCUCCCUCAGCCCCACCUCCCGCCUCUGGCUCUGCCCCCCAGGCCCAGACUCCGGCGUGUGCACGCACAGCAGAGCCUCCUCGGAAGGGAACAGAAGCAACUGCCAGGGUUCCCAGGGCUAUGACCAGCACCUUCACUCCGGGGCUGAGCCCUAGGGGCCCUCAUUAUAUCCCGGGGUACUCUGGACACUGCCCACUACUUCGGUUCAGCAUGGGCCAGACUUACGGGCAGAUGACGGGUAAGCUACUUCAAGGCUCUCCUGGCCUAGCCUGGCCCCCGGCCCAUCGCACACUUCUGCCUCCCAUUCGGCCUCCACGAUCUCCCGAGGUUCCCAGAGGAAGCCUGCCUGGCAGGCGUGGGCAUGAGCGGCUCGGCUCCAGCAUGAUCCCCGGGUACACAGGUUUUGUACCCCAGGCACAAUUCAUCUUUGCCAAGAACUGCAGCCAGGUCUGGGCUGAGGCUCUGAAUAAUUUUACUCAGUGGCACGGUAGGCAGGGGACUCGACAGCUGCCAAGGAAGGGCAGAGGAGAAGACGACGUGGAGAAAGGCCAAGAGGCAAAGGCAGAGCCAGAGCUGGAGGCGAAGGAGGCAGAGCCGGGGCAGGAGGUGGAGCAAGCUUCCCCCUAUUCCAUGGAUGACAAAGAUCCUCAAAAGUUCUUCAUGUCAGGCUUCACUGGUUAUGUGCCCCGGGCCCGCUUCCUCUUUGGCUCCAGCUUUCCUGUGCUCACCAACCAGGCCCUGCAGGAAUUUGGACAGAUGCACUCACAGGGCAGUUCCCCAAAGGAUCCCAAACAUCUCCCCCCACUUCCCAGGAGCUACCCUCCGGACCUGGGCCUUAUACCUCACUACGGGGGCUAUGUGCCAGGGUAUAAGUUCCAGUUUGGCCGCACGUACGGGUAUCUCACCCAAGAUGCUCUGGGCCUGAGCACCCUGCAGAAGCAGCUCCUGGUGUAGGGACACCCGGACUUCAAGUUCUCUUUUCCCUUUUCAUCUUCUCCAGCCAUCCACUUGGGCUGGGGGAUGAGGGGAGGCACAAAGAGAAAGUGGUUUGGAGGCCAAGCACCUUUUUUAUUAAUAGGUGUAAUAAAUAAAUAAAUAAAUACA